AUGGGUCUCUUCUCUGCUGCUUCGCCGCUCAAGCCGGACGCCUCGACGUACGCCACCGCCGCCAACCUGCCUCCCUCCACCGUCGAGGAGGCACACAAGGCCAAGAGCUACGACUUUAUCAUCUGCGGUGGUGGCACGGCAGGAUGUGUGAUCGCCAGCCGUCUCUCCGAGGACCCCAACACCUCGGUGCUCGUUCUCGAGGCCGGUGGCAACAAUGACGCCCUCGAGGUCAAGGCACCGCUCGUCUUCACCAAGAACUUCAAGACCGAGCGCGACUGGGACUACACCACCACCCCACAGACCGAGGUGCGCAACCGCGAGAUGCAGUGGCCCCGUGGCAAGCUGAUCGGCGGAUGUUCGUCCAUCAACGCCAUGAUGUACCACCACUGCGCACCCUCCGACUACGACGAGUGGGCCGAAAAGUUCAACUGCAAGGGCUGGUCGUACAAGGAGCUCCAGCCCUACCUCAGACGUUCCGAGAAGUACACGCCUCACGCCUUCACUCCCGACGUCAAGGCUGCGGAGCGCGGCGACGCUGGUCUCUGGCAGACGGGCCACUCGUCGUUCAAGAGCGAGGUCACCUCCAAAGGCUUUGUCAACGCCUGCGUUGAAGUCGGCAUCCCAUACAACCCGGAUCUCAACACGCCUCGCGGAACCGAGGGUGUCACCCACUUCACCACAUUCAUCGACAGCAACGGCCGUCGCUCGUCUGCUGCCACCGCCUACCUCCCCCUCGAGGUGCAGAAGCGCCCCAACCUCACCAUCGGCAUCAACGUCAUGGUCAACCGCGUCAUCUUUGACACCACCGGCGCCAAGCCCAAGGCCAUCGCCGUCGAGAUGCAAAACAAGAAGGGCGGUCAGAAGUACUACGCCGCCGCCAACAAGCGUGUCGUGGUGUGCGGCGGUGCGAUCAACUCGCCCCAGACGCUCAUGCUCUCGGGUAUCGGACCUGCCGCCACGCUCAAGAAGCACAACAUCCCGGUCGUUGUUGACAACGCCCUGGUGGGUGAGCGUCUGAGCGACCAUCUUUGCCACACCACCAUCAACGCGCGUGCCAAGCCCAACCACACGCUCGACUAUCUCGGCAGCGACAUCAAGGCCAUCCCUUCGCUCGCUCGCUGGCUCGUCACGGGUGGUGGACCCGUCUCGAGCAAUGCCGGUGAAGCCGCUGCAUUUGUGCGAUGCAACGACGAGUCGCUGCCGCUCGUGACGGCGCAGACCAAGCCCGAGAACCGUCCGCAGUUUUUCGGCUCGCUCGGCAAGGGUCCCGAUAUCGAGCUCAUCUGCACGCCGCUGGCGUACAACGACCACGGCGCGCUGCCUGCUCCCGCCGGUACGGGCUGUGUCUCGAUUGUGGGUCUCAACGUGCGUCCGCGCUCCAAGGGCACCAUCAGCAUCCAAUCGGCCGAUGCCUGGGAUAAGGCGGUGGUGGAUCCCAAGUACUUUAGCGAUCCCGAUGACAACGACCGCAAGGUGACGCUCGCCGGUAUGCGUCUUGCCAUCGCCAUUGCCAAGGCCAACGCGCUGCAGCCGUACCUCGAGGAGUACAAGAGCGACGACAAGGACGACUUCUGGUGGCCCAUCUCGGCCACCGACCCGAGCAAGCUCUCGGACGACGAGCUCAUGGACUUUAUGACCAAGCGCGCCUUCACCCUCUACCACCCCGUCGGAACCGUCAAGAUGGGUCCAGAUGCAAGCGAUUCCGUCGUCGACACGGAUCUGCACGUCCAUGGAACCGAGGGCCUCGUUGUGUGCGACGCCAGCAUCUUCCCCGAACAGAUCUCGGGUCACCCCACCGCCGCCGUCAUCGCCUGUGCAGAGAAGGCCGCAGAGCUCCUCAAGCAGGUCGCCAAGUCCGGCGCACAGGGCAUCGCCUCCCACCUGUAA